GAUAGGAGUACAAUUCAUUACCGAUCGUUGAAGUAAAACGACACAGCAGCCCGAGAGCGAGUGCGUGUAAAGUUCUGUGCUAUCUAAGAACUCUAAAGUUGCGGGUGAAUCGUGUGAAGUGACCAAAAACGAAACGAACAAAAAAAAUAGCAGCAAUCAUGAAAGUGUUUAUCGUGUCUGCGGUUAUCUUGGCCUGCGCAAUGGCGGCCCCAGCGCCGGCUGAAGAGUCUUCUUCCACCGGAAGUGCACUGAAUAUGGCCCUCAAAUUCUUCGGAAGCUGUUUUGAAUCGGACGAAAUGGGAACCUGCUUGGCGGUGAAAGGAAUUACAGCUCUGAACCGUGCCGCCCGUGCUAACAACAUCGAAAUCGUGCCUGGUGUGACCUUCUCAAGAGAUCCAAAUGUCCCUGCUGAACGCAUGGGCAAAUCCGUAUCUGAGAACGAAAUCAUCAACACCCUACCGGUUACCUCAGAGGAGAAGAGCGACGCUCUGUUCGAUAUGGCCGUCGAUUCCGCCAAGCGACUGUUCACCGCUCGCUCGAUCCAGAUCCGUCUACCAGAAGAGGCCACCGAAACCAUUGCCCGCUCGAUCGAAGAAGGUAGACUGCUGAAGAAAGGCAAAAAACUAAAGAAGGUCCUCGGCCCACUUGUUCUGGCUGUCGGAGGUAAGCUGUUCGCUCUGCUGCCCCUGCUGCUCGGAGGUGUUGCCCUCCUCGCCAUCAAGGCUUUGUUCGUCUCGAAGAUUGCUCUGGUUCUGGCUCUUGUUUUGGCUGCGAAAAAAUUCCUUGGUGGAGCCGUUGACGGAGCCAGCACUUUAGGUUUACUUUCCAAGGCCGUUGGAGGUGGAGCCGGAUCUGCUCUUGGUGCUGCAGCCGCCGCCCCAGCCGCUGCUGGAUGGUCUGGAGCUGGUGCUAGCGGAUGGUCCCAAGGAAACGCUCAGUACCCAUAUGCUCGCAGCUACGAUACCGCCCAGGAACUUGCCUACAGCGCUCAAGCUCCAAAAGCGUAAACUUCUACCACGUGUACAUCCAAACGAAACCAUAUUAGGUUAAGAUGCUUCCACUUCCUCCGAUCUUAACUAGUCUUUCGUCUGUUCACCCUUGCGCACAGCAUCGUGGGUUCUAUCUUGGGUUUAUCUUCCUUCCUCAACCCUGAUCACUUCGCACCCCGCAAACUCUUCACUACUCUUAUAUUUCAUCUACGAACUACUUUAUGCGAAAGUCAGAAAGCGUGCUACUCAUCGUUGACGAGUCUUCAAACCUAGUCGCAGUAUUUACUCCCAACGCGCAUAUCAGCAAUUACCCCUCACCCUAAAAUUAUGGCGCUAAAUGUGCACUCACACCCGGCCCAUCCAGUCUAUCUUUCACACCCGACAACACCGGCAAACCACCGGCAAACCACCGCAAGCUACCCAUCUCCACCACCACCCAAACUUUCUGUAAAUCCUACAUCACAAAUUGAGAGCACCGACACGCGAGAAAGAUAUCAUAAACGAAAACAAAAUAGGAAACGAAAAGCAGAAAAAAAAAACCAAGUACAACACUGAGGCUUGCAACGAUUGGUAAGCCACCUAUUUGUACAUACACAGAAAGCACAGACUCACUCAAACACAACGGACGGCAAGCCGUUCGAGUCGACAGAAAAUUCGCACAAGCAUUGACACGUUCCACAGCGAGCGCGCGUCAGGUGGCUGCAACCAGUUUAGUGUGCCGAAUGCUGGAUGGCUUUCCGCUCUGCCACCUUCCACCAACUACCUGUGAAUCACUUCAUUUUCCAGCUACGACGGUCCUUUGCGGUGAAAGCCCUCUCACCUUGGAGGGCGCUACCGCAAAAGAAAUCCAUUUUCCGACCUAAAGCCAACCUAAUUAGUGUUUUACUAGUGUGUAGUAAUUUAUUUGCAAACGAAAAGAAAAACAAAAUCACGAAGCGAGAGACAGAUAGUAAAAAUGUAUCAAAAAUCAAACCGCUAGAGAUCGAACGUGUAAUUAAUUUAUUUAAUUAAUUUAUGAUUUUAGAUAUUAGUCAGGGUAAGCAAAAGAAUCAACAGAAGAAGCAAACACGUAUCAAUCGAGUUAUCGCAACAUAAACACAGCUACACACUCCCACAAAUUGCAACAUGCAAAACCUCGACUGUAUAGAUUACUGCUUAAUAUGUAAAAGUUUUAUAGACUUGUGUAAAGUAACGAACACGAUGUGUCAAUAGUCAUUAAUUGGAUUUUUAUUCUUUCAAUGGAAACAACAAUAAACGCUGAGAAGAUUUGAUUUUAAAAGAGAGAGAGAUUCGAAA